AUGGCAGAUCAUCAAAAACAAGAUCAAUUUGAAAAUAAGAGAUCUAACAGUUUAUAAUCAGUUGAAAUCUAUAAAAUAUAGUAAAAAUCCACUUUUGAUGUAAAUUUUUACUAAAUUUAAGUAAAUCGUUGAAAUAUGCUUAAAACCAGUUUUAUAUCGUACUAUUAAGGAAACUAUGUUAUUAAUGGAUUAGCUUAGAGGAAUUAAGUUUUUUCAAGAGCAGUUUAAUGAACAUUAUGAAGAAAUGUUAGAAGAUGUAGCAGAAAAUGCAAAAUUACACAUUUAUAGCAAAAAUGAAGUUAUUAUAUAGUAAGAUACUUAUGGUGAUACAUUUUAUAUCAUAAUUAAGGGUGAAGUUAAAGUUUUAAAAAAGGUUGUAACAAUGAUUGGUACUUAUACAAAAAAGAAUGGAAAAAAACAUGAAAAGUUUCAUGAAGAAUUAAAAGAAAUAACAACGUUAAAGGAUGGAUAAUAUUUUGGUGAAUUGGCAUUAUUAGUAAUAAUGUAUUCUAUAAAAGGAAAGAAAACCAAGAGGAGCAGAUAUUGUAGCUAUAACUGAUUGUUAUAUUUUGGAAUUAGACAAAGAUUCAUUUGAUAGAAUAAUGUCUACAAAGACUUAAAGAUAAUUCUUGCAUUAACUUGAAACUUUAAGUUGCAAUGCCAUUUUGAAAGAUUUAUCAAAAAAUACUAUUAAAGCUUUAUUUAUGAUUAUGGAAAGAAAAGUAUAUAAUUAUGGAGACAUUAUUUAUAAAUAAGGAGAUAAAGGAGAUUGUUUAUAUUUUAUAAUUGAAGGAGAAUUUAAGAUGGUAACAGAUGUAAAGAAGGAAUUUGAAAGAAAUGGAAGUGAUGAAAAAUUAUAUUUUGAAAGAGAAGUAGAAGUAUGUAUCUUAGGAAAAAAUGAAUCAAUUGGAUUAGAAGAAUUUUUAGAUUAAGAAAAAAGAAAAUGGAAAGCUAUAUGUUAAAGUUAAGAGGGAGUUUUAUAUAAAUUGAAUAGAGUAGAUUAUAAAAGAAUUGAAUAAAGAUAUCCAGAUAUUGUUAAUUCGAUUUAAAAAGUUAGAGAUGAUAAAAAAAAUUAUUAUAUUUAAUGGAAUUAAAAACAUGCUUAUCCUUUAGAAGUUGGUUUAAAUAUUUAAUUAACUGAAGAAAAUGAUUAAAAAUUCAAUUACAAGAAAUAUGUUGAGAGAGCUAAAAACCUUAAACAGAUUAUAAUGAAAGAUAAAGAAAUGUCUUUUAUAUCAAGAGAUCAGAUAACUAUAAAUGAUGAUAUGGAAAUUAUGCUUAGAUAUUGUCCUUAUUUUUAAUUAGAAGUAUCAAAAAUAUAUCAUCAAAUAGGAUAAAAAAGCAUCCCCUUUUUUAGUUAAUACACCAGAGACAAUUUAAAUCAGAAGAGUUAAAAGUGCAAAUUAUAAACCAAUCAAUACUCAAUAAUAUGUUAGUAAUGAUCAAAAUUUUAAUAAGACUUAAAAUGGAAAAAAAAGAAAUUAAUCAAAUCAUGAUAAAAUGAUUGCUCAAACUUAACCUACCAUUACAGUAAAUUAAUAAACUACUACUUAACCUGAAGAUAAUAAGUAAAAAUCUAUUUUAAUAUCUCCUAAAAUUAUCUAAUCAUCUCAAAAUCUCUUUUCUCCAUUAAUUUAUGAGAAAAGAAAAUCAAUUGUUAAAAACAAAUUUAAUAAUUAAAAUGAUAUUAUGUAGAGUAAAAUAACUACUUUUAUGAAAUUAACACCUUAAAAAAUAGAAGAAAUGGCAAUUUAAUAACGAUUAAGCAAAGAAGAAUAUAAAUAGAAAAAAUUAUAUAUUAAUCAAUAUCCUUUUCGCUCUCCAAAAUAAAUGUUAAAUCGUAUUAAAUCAGCAAUUAAAGUCUAAUCUCCUAUUUGUAUUAAAACUUACCGAUAAUAAUUAUAAGGUCAAAUACACAAAGGAUCCGCAACUCAAAUCAAAUCUUUAAGUCCUUAAGAUUUAACUUCUUUAGGUGAAGGUUCCAGAAUACAUUCUUUUAAAAUUUAGAAUCAGCCUAAUUUUGAUUUUUCCGCAGUACCACUUAAAUAUUCAGCUAGUUUUAUUUCGUAAUAAUAUCAAAUACGAAAAAACCCAACUUUAGGAACUAAUUAAAAAUUUAGGUAAACAUCUAACUUUUAAUUUAUUGCUUCUAAUCUAUGA